AUGCCUGCCUGCCCCUCUACGAAUUCCUUGGAAUCCAUCCUCACCUCCUCCAUCACCGUGUGGUUCGCUGGAGCCACAGUCAGGGACAAACAGAGACUACAGCGCAUUGUGCGCUCUGCAGAGGAAGUGAUCGGCCGCAGCCUUCCAUCGCUGCAGGACCUAUGUAGCAAGAGCUCAGCAAACUCACGGAGGCCCCCCUGUGCCAUGGCCCCUCUCCUCCUCUUCCUCACUGCAGCCCUGUCUGUCCUGAACCAUGUCCAUACCAGCGCCGCCUUCCGGAUCUGUGCCUUCAACGCUCAUCACUUCGGAGAUUCCAAGUCCAAGGAUGGACAAGUGAUGAAAAGGCUUGUGCAGAUCAUCUCUCGCUGUGACGUGUGCUUACUGCAAGAGAUCCGGGACAGUAAGCAGAAGGCGCUGCCCGCUCUGCUCGCUCAGCUCAACAGAGGCAGAGGAGCAGAGUAUGACUUUGUGGCGAGCGAGAGGCUGGGACGAUCUGACUCGUACCAGGAGCAGUACGCAUUCUUCUACAAGACCAGCUCCGCCUCGGUAACAGGAAAGUACCAGUUCUCUGACGAUCGUCCCGGAGACCAGGACGCCUUUGCCCGUGAGCCCUUUGUGGUGCGGUUCAGUGCUCCAAAGACAGAGAUUAAGGAGUUUGUGCUGAUCCCGCAGCACACAGCUCCGACCAACGCCACCAAAGAACUGGACGCUCUGUACGAUGUGCUGCAGGACGUCAAGAGGAUGUGGAGGACCAAGAACGUGAUGCUCCUGGGAGACUUUAACGCAGACUGUGGGUAUGUGGCCAAAAAGAACCGCAAGAAGAUUCGACUGAUGACGGAUCCCGAUUUGACGUGGCUGAUCCCUGAGGGCUCCGACACCACCGUGAGGGAGAGCACAUCCUGCGCCUACGACCGGAUUGUGGUGAACGGCCGGGCUUUUCUGGAUGCGGUGGUGCCGUCUUCAGCCAAACCCUUCAACUUCCAACAGGAGUUCAGACUGUCAGAGGAGGAGGCCUUGGACGUAAGUGACCAUUACCCAGUGGAGGUGCUGCUGAAGGCGGGCGUCUCCAGUCUGUCAUGCCCCCUGCUCCUGGUGCUCCUCUGUCUUCUGUUUAACUAA